CUGCGUGUGUGUGCAUCUCUGUUAGUCUUCUGAACCCUGUCACUAUGAAGGCCACAUAUGUGCUGCUUUGCGUGGGUCUGGCCGUUCUUCCAGCUACAAUCUGUCAAUCCCCGGCUGAACGAGACACAGAUUGUACAGAUGGCUACGAGUGGGAUGCGCAAACUCAACUCUGUCGAGAUAUAAACGAGUGUGAGACCAUACAGGGAGCAUGUCAGGGAGAAAUGAAAUGCUUCAAUCACUACGGUGGUUACCUGUGCCUUCCUCGCUCUGCCUCCAUUAUCACCGCCCCCGAGCCCUCCAGCCAUUCAGAGACCAGUCUGACUGUGGAAAUUAAUGAGGCCUUUAACCCCUGCCCUGUUGGCUACACUGCCCAAGGGGACUCUUGUGUUGACAUCAAUGAGUGUGAGUUAAACCUGCACGACUGCCAGCCCAGUCAACAGUGUAUCAACACAGUGGGCACCUACACCUGUCAGUGUCCUGAUGGCUACAACAAGAUUGGCAUAGAGUGUGUGGAUAUUGAUGAGUGCAGGUACAGGUAUUGCCAGCAUCGCUGUGUAAAUGUGCCUGGAUCUUUCUCAUGUGAGUGUGAACCUGGGUUCCAGCUGGCAGGAAAUAACCGAUCCUGUAUUGAUGUAAAUGAGUGUGAGAUGGGGGCACCUUGUCAGCAAAGAUGUUACAACACCUAUGGUACAUUCCUGUGUCGCUGUGAACAGGGCUAUGACUUGGGAUCAGAUGGAUUUUCAUGCAAUGAUAAUGACGAGUGCAGUUAUUCCAGUUUCCUUUGCCAGUUUCAGUGUGUGAAUGAGCCCGGAACAUUCUCCUGUGUUUGUCCAAAUGGCUAUGAUCUACUUGGAACACGACUCUGCCAAGAUGUGAACGAGUGUGAAGCAGGCACUCAUCAGUGUGGGGAGGGACAGAUCUGUGUGAACAUUCAUGGUGGGCAUCAGUGUGUGGACUCCAACCGCUGCCAGGACCCCUACAUUCAGGUGUCAGAAAAUCGCUGUGUGUGUCCUGUGGUAAAGCCAGAGUGCCACGAUCAACCCUUCUCAAUCGUGUAUCGGUACAUGAGCAUCACCUCUGAACGUUCAGUUCCCUCAGACAUCUUCCAGAUCCAGGCCACCAGUGUCCACCCUGGAGCUUACAACACUUUCCGCAUCCGCUCAGGGGAUGACAAUGGAGAAUUCUACAUACGGCAAAUCAACAACAUCAGUGCCAUGUUGGUUCUGGCCCGAGCAGUGACUGGACCCAAGGAGUACGUCCUUGAUCUGGAGAUGGUGUCCGUCAAUCCUGUCAUGAACUACCAGACCAGCUCUGUUCUCCGUCUUUCUGUUUAUGUUGGGGCAUAUGCUUUCUGAAGAGAGAGAGAUAAUGUAGAAAAACACUGAAGGACAGGAGAUAUUUUUGUUCUCUUCCAUAUUUUAUUUUUAUUUUGUCUGAUUCUGCUUUAGCUGUAGCUGCUUUUUAAUAGAUUGAAAAUUGGCAACACGUUUCCAAGAAUUCACGGGUGAAAUCAUCUUGUUUUGUGGCUGUCUUUGGCAUGGAAAUGUGGGUCUAUUCUUGGAAGUGCCGAAGCUGAACGUGCUGAACAUUUCUUCUUCUUGCUUGGUCACCGUAGACUCAUUAUCACACAUACUUUCAGCAUACACACACGCACAUGCAAACAGUGAUACUGAUCUAAUGUUUUGUCACUAGAAGGUCCGGAAAGAGCCUUACAUUGUUACAUAAGUAUUCACUAAGAAUAAAUUGAUUAUCAUCAUAAAACAUGAUUAUCAAGCCUACAUGCAAUGAACAUUCCAAAGAAUUUUUGUAUUUACUUUUGUAACACUAUAAUCUUGUAAAAACACUAACAGAUCACUUUGACACCUCAAGGCCACGGAAAUUGUUUGAAAAUAGAUUUUUAUAAUCAUUGAAAAUGCUUUUGUCUUUACAUAAUUACAAAAUAAAAUUGAAUUGAAUCAAAUAAGUUAAUAUUCAUUUUAAAACCUUCCUUCUUAUCUUCCUUCGUUAUCCUUUGAUCUUUUCUGGUCCAGAUGAAUAAGAGUUAUUGUUGUCUCUUGAAUGUUUUUUUUCCGCAUUUUUCUCAGGCACUCUCCUCAGUACUGAUGUGCUGAACUGUAAGCUGGAACCUUGAAAAUGUUUUCUGGACUGAUGUUUGUGUUAUGGUGUGUUAGUCAAUGACGUCCUCCUGACUGUGAGUAAAUAAAAUGUAUUUCUCAGGUGUCUCCACAUGGUGACAGUGUAACACUGAUACACACUGUGAAAUUUAUAUAUACUGUAUAGAUUUUAAAAGAUAGCCAUUAACAAGGUUUCAUUACUGUAGUCAAAUUACACAAACAGUAAUUCAAUAUGUUUAGAUGUGAUUUUUAGAAUAACUGUUGGCUACUUUGGAACAACUGUCUUUCCUCUUGAUCAUUUUUUUACUUUUAAAAUCAUUUUCAUUACACAUGAGCCUAAAUACAUAAUAACUGAAAUAGUUAACAGAUAAAAACUACAAAAGGACUACAAAUAAAGACCUACAUCUUUAACAAACAUCUUUAAAAGUACUAAGUGUUUGUGUUAUUUGUUGGCCAGUUAAUUAACAUAAAUUCACCAAUGGACUGGUCAUCUCACACUUGAGUAGGAAGUUCAAGUUGACUCACUGUCUGAUUUGUUGCCGCUAUGGGUCUGUGAAAUUAUUUGUGUUUAUAAUUGUGUGUAGUUUUUAUUGUAAAAUGCUACGUGUGAAGUCAGUGCCGUACAGAUACAGCAGGGAAGUGAUGAGCUCAUUGAUGGUCAGUGUUGGCACAGAGGGCUUGUGGGUAGGACAGCAGAUGGAUGUAGGUGUGAUAUGGUGUAACUUUAAGACUGAGGUGUUCACAGCACAAUGACAAAUAUUAGUGUAUAUGAUAAAAUAAUGAAUGCUUUAACAUAUUUAUAUACUCCAGUCUUUUGUUUCCUUUGAAGUUAGCACAAGGCCUUCAUUGUUGAUAGGAG